AUGGAACACGAACCCGUUGAGCGGUUCCCGGACAAGCCGCACCAUGUGCGCAAGGAACCAACUCCGCUAUUCAACGAUCCGAAAAUGACCCAAGCGGACAAGACCGCCAAAGCUCGUGCCAUAAUGGCCUCUCCUGCCUUGUACACUCUCACUCAGAGCGAGAUCAACGAGCUCAUCGUGAACCUGGGUGACCUCUCCUGGGAGGAAACUCAAGUCAUUGCUCGGCGUUACAGAAGCCGGAACCCAAUCCCCGCUCCAGUCAAGAUUUGGUAUCCUGGUAUGCCUGGCAUGGAGGAUGAGAAUCACUCUUGUCCUGAGAAGCUUCCCAAGGCCCGGGGUGGACCUGGAUCCGACCUCGGAAGCGACAUCUACAACCGCCUCGCCCAGCCCCGACUGUCUCCUGGAGUCGAGAAAGCUGAGCCAUGGUCGGAGUCGGCUCCCCAAAGUGUACUCCCCGACGCUGCUUAUGGAGAUGAACGACUGAGCAGAUGGUCGUCGACCUAUAGGUUUGACGCGGAUAUUUUCAGAUCGCAGUUGGCAGACCAGAUCGCGGCUGAACUGAAGGCUUAUGAAGAUACCAACCCCCUCUUUCCAAUCGUGCAAAAUGGAAAUCUGACUUUCACCACUGAGUCCGACAAGAUUGUUUACAACCCCCGGCCCACUUCCUUCGAGGGUUGUGGUUUGACUCUUGAGCCAGGCGAGGUGUGGAGUGACUGGAACAUUGAAUGCAAGGUUUCGUCAUAUUCUGUUCCAAACUCAGUUGCCAGGAAGCAGUUUACCAAAUGGUUUAACCAGCUGCCAGAUGAUCCACAAGUGGUCGACAUUUUCCGCACUUCCUUUUUUGAUGGAAGCGCCAUGUCCGAUGGAGUCUCUGCAAUGUUUUUGCCAGACAUCAAGCAUCUCCCAACUCCCAGGAACAUGAAGGAUAAGAUGACUAGUCUCCACUGGCAUGAGACAUCUCAGGGCUACGCUUACAACUGGAGUCCUGCCAACCAAAAGCGUAUCAAGGACGAAGAGGAGAGAAAACUUGAGCAGCGCCGCAUGGCACCUUUCCAAGCUUGGCUCAACUUGCCCCCAGGCUCAAAGGUUGUGCCCCCUAACAUCUUUCUACGUCCAGCUGAGCACUACGAUUUGCAAACAUGUGAAGAGAUCAUGCAAUGGUAUACGGACAACUCAUUCGUCAGCGGUGAUCUCAGUCCCAUGAAAAAGAAGGAUUGGGAGCAGCUGCUUUCCACCUGCCGUGAUGCGAAACUUCCUUUUGUUGUUGCUGCCCUGCGUCUCCCUUGGAAGUACCACAACGAGCAGAUUGAUCCCGCCAUUGGAUUUGCCUAUGUCAAGCACCACCGCCCCAACAACGGCGCCGACGCCUCCAUGGGCGAGUUGCAGGUUUUCGUCCAGGACCAGCACAAGAAACGUCACAUCGGACGGGCUCUUGUUCACAAGAUCAUCUCCUGUUUUGAGACUGAUAUCAACGCUGCUGAGACCAAGGAUUAUGAUUUCGACAAAACUGGUACCGUGCAGUACGGUCCCUGCUACAGCGAAUCGCCCACCACUCUGAUUUGUGUUGUUGCAGACACUCCCGGGCCAAAGAAGGAGAAUGCCUGGGUGAAGAAGUGGCUGUCGAAGGACUUCGGAUUCAAGGAGAUGGGUAUUUUCAAGGAUGCCAGAACUAAGUUCGGCAAGACGUACGUACAUACUCCAUGCCCCACUCCUCGAUCUUUCUUACUCACACGAUCUUUUAGGUUUGACCUUUGCUACAUGGCUCACCAAAUCAAUUAUCCCAAGGUGAAGGAGGAGCCGAAGGUGAGAGUCAAGGUGGAAAUCAAGGAUGAAAUCAUGCUCGAAACUGUGGAGAAAACCAUUGAGGUCUCCGCCGUGUCCCAGCAAGCUGGCGUUGACUGUGCUCCCUUGAUCGACCUGUUCGACUAA